AAGUACAUAAUCUUGUUUGUUUUCUUUUACAAAUACAUUGGUUUCUUCAUAAACAAAGAUAAAUAAGUUGGGAUCUUCCUCCAUAAAUAGCUUCACAUCUCUCUAUCCCAAACAAAACCAUUACUACUUGUUUAUUAAGCAUAAAGGUCUCAAAUUUCUUUAGAUUUAUUCAAGAAAACAUACAAAAAUGGCCAUCAGAAAAUCAAACAAGCUAUCACAAGCUGCAGUUUUGAAGCAAAUUAUGAAACGGUGUUCUAGUUUGGGCAAGAAACAAAGCUAUGAUGAUGUAGAUCACCUUCCGGUUGAUGUACCAAAAGGACAUUUUGCAGUUUACGUAGGAGAGAACAGAACUCGAUAUAUCAUACCGAUUUCUUUGUUGACUCACCCUCUGUUUCAGUGCCUCCUACAAUGCGCUGAGGAAGAAUUUGGCUUCGAUCAUGACAUGGGAAUUACAAUUCCAUGUGAAGAAGUUGUUUUCCUAGCAUUAACUUCCAUGCUCCGGUAAAUAUU